AUGCCGCGUAUCAAGGGCAAACUAGUAGAUCAACAGUCUCGUUGCGUUCAUUGGAAUUCACCUUUAGACAUUGUUGGUUUGAAAUUCAAAUGCUGUGAAAGCUUUUAUGCCUGUUAUUCAUGUCACAAAGAAUUAACAGACCAUAAGAUCGAAAAAUAUGACCUUUUAGAAAAUGCCAAUGGUAAAUUCAUCAAGUGUGGUGUUUGUAACGAAGAAUUGACUUUUAGGGAAUACACAAGAUCAUUGUCUUGUCUGCACUGUAAAUCCAACUUCAAUCCAAUGUGUAAAUUACAUUAUCACUUAUAUUUUGAUAAUGCAAAUGCUGUUCAUUGA